AUGAGGGUGUUGAUUUUGGCGAUGGUUUUUGUUACCGUUUAUUCGCAGGAACAUUUCAUCGAUGUUCGAGAAUUGGUUCGAGACACAAUUGAUGCAAUCAAGGAAGUUGCGAAUAAUGAAACUUCAGCUUCAACAUUAGCUGUGGAAACAUCUACAAAAGAAACUGCUACUCUUGUAAAAGCUGAUGAAGGCAACGAUGUUUACAAAUCGCUUCUCAAACUUCCCGCUGAUAUUAUGUCAAGACUUGCAUACGGUGCUGGAUUCGUUGAGCCAAAGAAAACCACAGCUGGAGAAACCAAAGUUGCUGAGAAGGCUAGAGAAGCUGAACCAUCAAAACAACCACAAGAUGACGCUCCUAGUAGCUCUAGCAGCUUCCGAACUGUUGAAGAUGAACAAGUUGUUGCAACUACAACAAAAGUUCCAGGACCAGCCAAGAUUAUUGACGAUGAUGUUUUCUCGAUCUCAAAGUGAGUGGGAAAAGGGUCUGAGGGAAAAAUUCAUGAUAGUUUCACUCAUUGACCAAAAUUCCGUUACCGUGGAUCAACUUUAAAAUUAACUUAUGACGUAGGAAAAUAUGAGAAGAUCUUAAUUUGAUUAAUUACCUCUUGAAUAUAAGUCGCUUUUUUCCACAUUUAUGGAGAAGCAGACAUUAAGAUCGUGAUCAGACGGUUCGAAAUCACAUAUGAAAAUCGCAUUCAGAAAGCCCAUUGUAACGGUAAAAAGUAAUUCGAAAUAUCCAAAAUUAAUUCUUUCAGACUAAUUUCCGCAACCGGAAAUGCUCUCCGCGAGGCUCAUGCUCAACAAGCCGCUUUGGCCAAACAACAAGAACCAGUCACUCUUCCACCAUUGGUCCCACUUCCACAACCACUCGAAAUGCCGAGGUAAAAAAUAUAUUUUUAAAAAAUAUUUUCUAACUACAAAUACUUUAGCUCUCUCACCGCAACCCUUCCUCUUCAACAAUCCGAAGUUGUUUAUCGUCCUGUUGUUCGUGAUGGAAAAACGUAAGUUGUUAAUAACUUUCUCUACCUGUUUGUUAUCUUAUAAUUUAACCUAAUUUUUUAACAGUGUUUUCGAGCAAAUCGUAUUAUUGAAAUCGGCUGAUGGAACAACAAAGAUCAUCUCACAAAAUGUCUAUCCAACAUUGCCUGUUCCAGCAGUUCCAGAGCAAAAGAAAAUGCAAAUCACCAAAAAAGUUAGCAAAUCUCAAGAUUAUGGUGCACCAACUUUCCCACCAAUGGUCAAUGUUUUCGACACUUUCUCAAGCAGCACAACUCAAGAACCAUCAACAACAACAACAACGGAAGAACCAACAACAACUACCGAGGAACCAACUACCACUGAGGUUGUGAAGCCACGUAGAAAAUCUUUGCCACGUAGAACUAUUAACUAUAUGGGAAAGAAGGUUCAAGAUAUGCAUUCUAGACAAUUUGGGGCUAAAACUGUUCAGAUGACUGAACCAAUAGAUUUCGAGACUCAAAGAGAGGAAGUUCCAAAUGUUUUGGAGAAGGAGGUAGGGAGAAAAACAUGAUAUACUCAGCUUGCACUCCUAAUUUCACACUAACCAAGAGUAUUUUGUUUUUUGCUUUAGGGAUCUCUUCGAGUUCGAACAAUCAAUAGGAAAAGGAAAUAUCGGAAGACACUCAUCAAAAAAGUAACCUUUUUGUUUCACUUCUAAUACUAUCGCUUUCAAAAGAUUUAAAACUUGAAUUACUGAUAAUUUUAACAGGUUUCACCAAAAGAAGAACAAUUAGAUGAAGCUGCAAUCGCCGAGAUUCCAAAGAAAAGAAGACGAGUUAUCAGAAGAAAAAAUAUUGUAAGUUGGGAAAAACCCAUGGACUUUGACAAUCUUCUUUUUUCAGAAGAAGAUUGAAGAAGUAAAGGAGAAGAAGGAAAUCCGUCGUUUCCCAGAUCUUUAUGAUGAGCAACAACAAAAGAUCGAAGUUGCUCCAAGUGUUUCUCCAGCCACUGAAGAUUUCACCGAAGAGUUCAAGGAUGUUGAUGAGGUUCAACAACAAGUUGUUGCUCCACAAAAUGAUAGUCCGAUUGUUGAGAAAAAAGUGAAGAAGGAAUUGACAGCCGCACAAGAGGAAGCUAUUUUGGAUAAAGAGGUUAGUGAGGAUGAUUUUAGAGAGAGUGGAUUUUACCAGAGUAUUUUAUACCCAAUAGUAACCCAAAGUAUUCUCAGAUUCACAAACGUGUCUUGAAACGUAUUCAAUCUGCUCGUGCUCACAGUGCUGAAACUGAAACCGAAGAAUAUGAUGAGCAACCAUCGACUACAACAACAACAACAACAACAUCAGCUCCAGCAAAGAGAACCAAGAAACGAGUUUUGAUAACUCGCCAACAAUGCUUGAAUUUGCGCAGUUUUGCUAGGCAAUUCUUGUUUGAUUCAGUUGCCGAAUUCGCAAAAGAACAUUGCUUGUUCAUCGAAAACUAUUAUCCAAAUUUGAAAUGCGAGAAAGUUGAGAGAUACAUUUCAGGAUGUCAAAGAUUAGUGAAAGAUGAUGAAUAG